AUGGAGGAGAAGUUGAAUGAAAAAGAUAUCAACCAGGAUGGAUCCGUGACCAGGGAAGAGUAUCUAGGUCACGUUCGUGACGAGGUCAGCGACCCACAAACCAGGAGAAUUCUACAGAAUAUUUUCGAGCACUUCGACAAAGACAGCAAUGGAGUCCUAGACAGACGGGAUACCGAGGUCCUGUUUGAUGAAGCUGACACUGACAGUGAUGGCCGGGUAUCAGAGGACGAGUAUAAAAGAGCUGUAGCUAAACAACUGAGUCGCGUCCCAAGGAGAAACUGGGAGAGGCAUCAUGAGAACAGUGAGCCACAUCAACAGAGGAAGCUGGAUGCUAAUGAUGACAGACGAGUUUCUAGGGCGGAGAUGGAGGAUCAAUUGUUUGAGAUGGAUGCUGACAGGGACAAUCAAGUGUCUAGAGGAGAGUACACCAGAUGGGUGGAUGCCGGUAACCCAAGCCCACAGGCUAGAAGACUUCAGAUAAAUAACUUCGAUAACUUAGAUAAAGAUAGCAACGGUAUCCUGGACAGGAAAGAUGUCAAUGUCAUCUUUGAUGAGGUGGACGGUGACAGGGAUGGUUACAUCACAGAUAUUGAAUACUUGAGAUAUCUCAUGUUUAUUGCAAACCAAUGGCCACAACAGAGAAAGUAAAAUGUGUAAUCAAU